AUGGAGUCAUCUCACCAUUCGUUCAUCCAGCCUGCUAAAUCCCCCAAACUCGCCUCCUCCUCUCAAUCGACUUCACCAUUCGACCUCACCCUACUCCCAUCAGAAUGGGUAGACGAAGAAAAGAGUAAUACCUUCUUUGGCAAAAUUUUGAAAAAUCAGAGUACUUCAACCGAAUAUGAGGAUAAGGUAGAGGUGAUAGAGGGUAAUCCAUUGGAAGAACUGUGUAUGGUAGAUCCGUUAUCGAUUCAUUUAAGAAAGGUAAACCUGUUAUCGAAUAUCCAAUGGGUCAACAUGCAUUCUAUACAGUCGUUGGUUGGUUUAUCAAUGAUUACCAGACGAGCUUACCGUACCGAUACAUAUCAACCGCAGCGUGUGGAAGUCGGGCAUAAGAGGUUAUUUGAUAAUCUCAUUGGAAUAAAAAUGAAUUCUUCAAUCAAGUUCGACCAGAAUUCAUUCGGACCUCGUACUAGAAAUGUGUCUAUCACAUCACUUGGAACACAUCUCAGACCCCUUCAAUUUCAUCUCCAGAUAUGUACAGAAGAUGAUCUCCGACCCGGAUGUUUGGGCUUAUACCUCAAAGCGUUAUGCGAAGAUUGGUACCUAGACUUAGUAGUAUAUCAUGUACAUUUACCCAAUCCGUCAAAAGACGCCUUACAAAGAGGGAAUACCAACUACAAUGCGGAUAGGAUAAUUAGGAAAUUGGGUGAUUUGCCAACUGCCAAGCAGAUUAUAUUCGAUUUUAGGAAUUCAUGUACGGCCGAUCCAUCUUCACUCAAUAUUUCCCCGAAGACUACUGCUGAGUUGUAUAAGAUGGAUGGGGAAGGAACGAGUUGGGAAUCGAUUGAUUUGAAUUGCUGGAAUAUCCUUGGUGCGAUAUUGAGUAAGGUGGAUAGUUCAGAUUGGAUACAGAGGAGUAGUUAUUCAAGUCCUCACGAGGUCAGAUCCAGAACUGGAAAGGAAGAUGGGGAUGCCUGGAAGGAGGGUGGAGGAAACGUUGAAGAGGUUAGACCUAGUCUCGAAAUUCAUGGUUUACCUUGUAUAGCGAAAAUUACGUUGGACAGUAUGAAGGUUGCUGCUUCUCAGAGGAUGCUCGGUCAAGAGCACGAAAUAGCAGGAUGGAAAGAGGGAGAGAGAGAUGAGUGGUUGAGGUAUAACCUAAAAUCUUUCAAUGAGGGUGAUGAUGAGUGGUGUGAGUGUUCGGCUUCUGCCAUUAACACGUGA